UUCGCACGCUCGGAUCAGACGUCAUCGUCUGUUUUUAGGGCAGGGAAAUCGCGAGAAAACUAAAUAUUUCCCACGUUAUUCUUUUACCCUCUACAUUGACGAUCAUCAGAGAUGUUCAGACUAUGAUUUUUUCCAGUAUAACUGGCUUCAUUCAGUGUUUAUUUCGCGUGUAAAGUUGAGUGGUACUACAAUGGCAAAUAAUCGGAUUCCUUCUGGUCCGAACACUCCGGGAAGUCAACAAACGCCGACGCAACAAAGUAUAAAGAUCUUCAUUCAGAGGGACUACUCUGAGGGGACUGCGGUGAAGUUCCAGACUAGAUUUCCCCCUGAACUGGAAGACAGAAUAGAUAGACAAACAUUUGAAUACACAAUGGAGCGUCUGAAUGAACACUUUGAGAUGGCGGAGACGGCAGACUGCAGUACAUACUGCGAAGGAUGUCUAGCUUGCCUCACAGCAUACUUCAUAUAUAUCUGCACGGAAACACAUUACGAAAAGCACUUACGGAAAGUAUCAAAAUUCAUAGCGACACAGAACGAGAGGGUGUACAACCCUCGAGGGAUACAUAUCACGGACCCCAUCCUACGGGGGCUCAGAGUGAUAGAGAUCACGAUAAUAGAUGUGCCCAACUGCCAGAGUCCUACAGGUAACUCCACAGUGUCACAAAUCCGGCACACUUGACCACCACAGGAAAACCGGGAGUUUUUCAUGUAACAAUUACGGUACUGGUUCUAAAAACCAGAUGAUUUUUAUAUUAUUUAUUGUAAUGUAAUUGUAAAAGGUGCAUGAUUAGUGUAUAGUGUAGUUGGGGUUUUGGAGCGUGCUAUGUGAAACACCAAGCCAUAGAGUUCAAUUCAUGAGACAGUGGUUCACUGUUAUUUUUUACCUGUGUUGUCUACCAAUCAAGGAAACAGUUCAAACUCGCGUACUCUUUAUACACGAAAUGUCAAGAAAAGAAGAGAGAAAAAUAAUUCCGCGUGGGUGGGUACGCGGAAUAAAUAAUAUUGCCAGAUGGGGUCAUCUGGCAAUCUCGGAUGCCCCUAAGGGGUACGCUUACCACUAAUUCAAAAUCACUUUCUAAGAACAAGACUAAAAAUUUCUACGCGACUUUAUGUGCUUAAUUCUCUGUAUUUAUUAUUUAUUUUCUCCAUAAUGCUUUAUUGUGGGUACUUUAACAUAUAAAUGUAAGUUAUAUUUAUUGAUUCUUUCUUCUUAAAUGCAUUAGUUAUCGUGUUCAUAAGAGCCUCAAACACUUCAAAGAAUACUUUUGUUCUGGUUCUCUCUUACUUAUGGGACUUAAACAUAGCUGGCAAGGAGUGGAUGUAUAUUAUACACCUCUGCCUACCCCUUCUGAGAUACAGGCGUGAUGCUAUGAUAGACUCUCUUACUUAUUCAGUUCACAUUUCACAGAUUUGGGUCUAAAAGAACUUACAUACGUCAUUAUUCACUUCUUUCGAGUUGAUGUCAAUUCGUUUAAAAGAAGAAGAAAAAUUAUAUAAACAUUGUUUUAUUUUCGAUUCCAUUCGGGCAGGCAAAGGCAACUUCGCCCAUACAGCCUGGUCUUUGGUCGUCUAAUCAUUUCUGAUGACAUUAGAAAUGUCACGACGCUCCGUAAUUCCGACUACGUAAGUACGACUACGCGAUUCGUUUUAUUCGAGUUAUUGCGUUAAGAAAACCAUUUAGGCAUUACAAUGUGCUGAACAUGCACUUAAGCGCACCACACACCAAAAACUGCAUGUUGUGAAUCACACAUCACAUUUUAUCGUAGACCUAUAUAAGUACGAGUGUUCUAAUAGAUAACACACCACAUUAAUAACAAAUUUUGUGUUUUACAGCACUCAUUAUAUGUUUUUGGUGUGUGGUACGACUUAGAAAGUUUGACAACAAUCCUUUCUUAAAUGGUUAUAGAGAGACCGAUUGGUGUAUGAUUGUAAGUGAGCGCAAAGCGUCAACUAGGUAUAGACUUCGCUUGUAGAAUGUUGUAGAGUAAACAGAUGUGUUUGAAAAGUAUCUGUUGGAAGACUAUUUGCAACAUCCAAUACUUUGAAUAUAUAUAUAUUUAUAUAUAGACCUAUGAAUAUAUAUAUAUAUUAUACUAUAUAUUUAUAUAUAGACCUACAAGGAAUGAAAAUGUUUGGUAUAGACAUAAGCGAGUCACUACUCCGUAACUGUUUUUUCCAUUUAUGUUAGUGCAAAAGUAUAAAAGUACGAAGUACCCUGGUUCGAAAAUACAGUGUUUUGUAUUUUGGAACUAGCGUAGGUACUUUUAUACUUUUGCACUAAUUUAAAUCGAAAUAACAUAAUUCGAACUUCCGUUACGGAGUCGCGACUCACACUGUCAAUUCCAUACAUUUCCAUUUUAGUUCGGUGAAAAGGCCUUUAGGCAUAUUCUGCUAAGGUGCUUUUUAGAUACGUCUGAAGUACUCUACAAAGUUUUGACCUGGACUUAGGACUUCUAACAUAAAAAAAAUGACUUAUGUAUGUUUUUAAGUAACAAAGUAAGUGUAACUUUAAGUAUUGGCAAUAUUUUCAUUAAAACUUCACCUUAUCUUAUGCGCUAACGUAAUUAAAAUCUUUAAUUUUCAUGUAAACGUCAGUUGGCAGUUAUAAGUAACAUUUUAACAUACCUAUAUAAUGCAAAAUAAUAUGCAUUUAUAUCUUAAAAGUAAUAAGUAUUGACAAGGUUUUCCCAUGAUUUCACUCACUUUCAAACAGGGAUGAGAAAAGAAUUAACAUAUAUUUUUUUAAUCUAAUAAUUAAUCGUCCAAGUGUUCUUCAAUAAGUUAAAAAUUACUUAUAAUCAUCGUUCGAAAAUGUAUUUGAAUGUGUGACAUUAUUUUCGGAUUCAUAAAUUAUUUUUUUUAUUGUCGUCUUUAUUGUAAAAAGAGAUCGAUCUUCAAUAGAUGUUAUUAACUUGUAAGCUAAGUGUGAAUAAUUGUCUCAAAAUUUUUCAACGACUGAUUUUCGUGACGUUUCUAUGAAAACUCUUUUUGCCAAAACAUUCUUCCAAUCAGUGGAGACAUUUUAUUAUAUUAAUAGCUAGCGUAGUUAGUGGUAUUGCACGUGAUUGUAGAAUUUGUUGGAUGUUGGCAAUACUGGCAAUGGAAGAAAGUUAAUAUAUGUACGUAUAGUAUAGAGUAUUUAUUAUAUUAACUUUAGUUUUACUUUUAGGUAUUUAUUUAUUUAUUUUUUGUUGCACCAUCCCGCAUCCAAGUUGUAAAUGUUUGUUUCCUUUUGUUGGUUGCCUGGAAGAAAUUGCUCUAGAGCAAUAAGGCCGCCCAAAUUGUACUGUAUUCAUGUGUUAUGUCUGAUUGUUGAAAUUCUAGUUCUGUGCAAUAAAGUAUAUUUGAUUUGAUUUGAUUUGAUUUGAAAGUACCUAUCAAUCAAUAAUAAUUAUUAUUAUUACAUCAUGCCUAUUGCUAUCGGUUUCUGGGUUGUAUACCAUCACCAUCAAUUCAAAAUUAUAUUCAAGUAAUUUGCUUCUAUUGCCUUUGUUGCAUGCAUUCUUCUUCAAAAACAUUAUUUAUACAUAAUAGCGUAUUAUGUUUUUCAUUAUGAACAAUCGAUUCUGUAUGAUUCUUAAUUAUUAUUAAGGUCUGCAUUUAUUUAAUCGUAAUUUUUCAUUAUGCUUGUCUUGCUUAGGUAGUGUUUUAUCUAGAUAAUAAUUAUAUUAUGUAUUCUAUUGCUACUUUUUUAUCUGUUAUUUUUAAUUAUGUAUGUAGUAGAUUUUAUUCGCGGUCCAAUAAUUUUCUUAAUUGUAUUUUUUAGUUAUAACCUGACCGUCCCAUCCGUACCGUAUGCCGCCUUACCAAGUAAGUGAGAUUGACAGUGCGCGCACGAUCUUUACUCCUUAGCGGCUUUCGGCCAAUUAGAAUAAAGUAAGACUCAGAGGGGGUGAGGUAAAUCUAGCUCGGCGUCCGAUACGAAUUGGUGCGGGGCAGACAGUUGUCGUUGUAUCGUGUAUUGUAUGCCGCAAGCACACCCCGGAUACUGCAUCUUUACCGUGUACCGCCUAUACUAAGCCGCCUACCCCUACGUCUAAGUGCGAGCGAGAAAAACAGUCCGCGUUCCCUCUUACUCCUUUAGCGGCUUACGGUCAUUUAGACUAAAGUAAGACUCAGAGGGGUUGAGGUAAAUCUAGCUCGGCGCCAGACGCGAAUUGGUGCGGGGCGGAGAAUUGCCGUCUUAUACGUAGUAUUAUUCUUUAUUUUAUGGCAAUUCCUCAAAAAGUCCCAUCAAAAUUAUUUACCAUACCACAGGGGAUCGUCAGGUUAUAUCAUCAAUGUCAUAGUAUUAAUAUUAUUUAAUAAUAUAAUAUUUUCAUUUUUUAGAUUAUGAUAAAUCACGCUUUAAUUUGUGGUUGUAGGUUUGAAUCUGUGCAUCUUAAAGAAUAGUUUUUUUUUUAAGAAUAACUAUUAUCUAACAAACGCAACGUUACUAAAAUUACAUAUAUUUUUGUCUCUUUCGUACUAAGUUCUAUACCGUUAGUGCGAAAGGGGCAAUUUUGUAUUUUGUGCUAGGCAGGUGCCAUUUUAAUUAGUGUAACGUUUGUUAGACCAUAACGACGAGGGCUUUUUUGUUGACUUAUUAAAUGCUUAUACAUACAUCACACCUAUUUCCCAUUGGGGUAGGCAGAGAGAGAUAUGGAAUUACAUUUAAUACAACUCUGACACACCACGUUCACUUCAUCAAAGUAAAGUAUAUGCUGGUAUUUUGCUUCAAAAACAUUCUUGUUCAGAAGUUUUACCUUGAAUUUGUAAUAAUUGUCUAAUGAAGAUGGAAUUCAUGGAAUCCAUGAAGAAAGGGAAACGUCAAACGUUGCCUGGAUAAGAAAUAUAUAACUGCCUACGUAUCUGUUAUCUUUUAAAUGAAAUGGUUCAGUUUUAUUCGUUUUAAAUAGCAAUAUUUGAUGUAGUACUAAACAGCUUUUUAGAUAUUUCUUUGGGAAUUUAUUAUGCUGUAAGUGUUUUUUAAACUAAAAUUUUGAUUAUGUAUUGUCGUACUUGUAGUUAAGGCAUUUUGUGGUUGACUGAACAUGGCACAUGUAAAUAAUAUUGCUGUUGGGCACUUCAUGUAACAUUGUGGCAAUGCUCAAUAUUAUAGUUUUUAUGUGUGUGUAUAAAAUAAUAAUAAAUAUAUGUCUUAAAUGGCCCAGACAAGUAGGAUACCCAAUGAGAGACUUUAAAGGCAUUUCCAUCUAUAUUUUUUGGGAAACACAGCCUUUAAAGUCCCACAUUGAAACUAAACGUCACCACUGUGUUAUUUAUAUCAGUGUCGUCCAGUCAAAGUAAACGAAGAACAAGAUAUACGAUCCUGACGACCCUAUUACCGUAGCCACAGAAGCGGCCAAUCAGCUCGCGACAACAAACACUUCAGGACCCCGAUACCGACCCCGGUGUGGUCAACGAUUUCCCGUAUCCAGCGCUUAUCGCUACUGACCCACGAGAGUCGAUUAUUUAUUUCACAUAUAAUCUUCUUAGACGAGGUCCUGAGCCGAUGUUUGUGUCAAACUGGGCACCCUCAGGCCUUAAAUUUUGUACCGGGUAAAAGCCCUCAGCGUUCCCUAUUUGUCCCCAUUUCUCAUGCCAUAUGCGACAAGUCUACAAUAAGUCACGUUGGAAAAAAAAAAAAACAAAGUAACGAGAUCAAACUCGCGUAAGCAAGUAUUUAUUAUUAGAGGACGCCACAGUAACAAUACUA